GGUUAAGACAGAUUUUUCUUUUACGAAUAUAUUUAGGAUCGCUCGUUGAUCCUGCCGGCUUCAAAAUCUCUAUAAAGAAAAAUAUAAUUCCUCUCUGUGUCUUCAAUGAAUGCCAAGCUGCUGCUCUACUGGAGUCUGGACACCUCUGCACGUAUAAUUACUUAAACCUGACCUUCCGGGAACCCUCCUGCGGCCCUUCCUUACCAGAUAUUAACAUAAGAAAAGAAUGCAUAAAGCGGAGAGGAGAAGAAGAGCAGGAUUGUAUAUUUGAAGAGCAGCGAGAGGUAACUCUCUAAAGAGCACGCAUAGAUUGUUUGGAUUAAUGGAAGGCAAAAGCUUCACAGAAGCCAGCAGCCGUAAUGUCAAGCAUUCUCCUACUUCUCAUGGUCGCAGCUAUCGACAAGAGCAGGUUAAUCAGAGCUCCUCCUCCCACGAAUGGACUCCAUAUCCUCUUCCAUCUGAAGGUCAUGAUUCCUCAUCUCGAGACUACCCUGUGCCUCAACGAGACUCCCCACCUAAAGGCUACACUCCUCAAGGGUACCUACCACAAACUUCAAGACAUCCAAUGCCUCCUCAGUUUCAAAAUCCUUCCUCACCUGCUGCCGGUUUGCAUCCCAAAUUGGACAAAAGAUAUUCGAAGAUCACUGAUCAUUACAACUCGUUGGAAGAGGUCACUGAGGCUCUUGCAAAAGCUGGACUUGAAUCUUCAAAUCUAAUUGUUGGUAUUGAUUUCACAAAGAGCAAUGAGUGGACAGGCAAGCACUCAUUCAACCACCACAGCUUGCAUUACAUCAGUGAUAUUCAGAAUCCUUAUGAACAAGCAAUAUCUAUCAUUGGAAAAACCUUGUCAACAUUUGAUGAGGAUAACUUAAUCCCUUGUUUUGGGUUUGGAGAUGCAUCGACACAUGAUCAAGAUGUCUUUAGUUUCUACCCAGAUGAAAGACCUUGUAAUGGCUUUGCAGAGGCUUUAGCACGAUAUAGAGAAAUUGUACCGCAUCUGCGAUUGGCUGGGCCAACAUCCUUUGCUCCAAUAAUUGAAAUGGCUAUGACCAUCGUGGAGCAGAGCAGGAGGCAAUACCAUGUUUUAUUAAUAAUUGCUGAUGGGCAGGUUACCAGAAGUGUAGAUACUGAGUUUGGCCAGUUAAGCUCACAAGAACAUAAGACAGUUGAUGCCAUUGUCAAAGCUAGUGAAUUUCCAUUAUCUAUUAUCUUAGUUGGAGUUGGGGAUGGACCGUGGGACAUGAUGAAGGAAUUUGACGAUAAUAUUCCUGCUAGAUCUUUCGAUAAUUUCCAAUUUGUGAAUUUUACCGCGACUAUGUCGAAGAACAUUCCUCAAACAAGAAAAGAGACGGAGUUUGCUCUUGCAGCGCUGAUGGAAAUCCCUGCACAGUACAAAGCAACAGUAGAACUUGGGAUCUUAGGUCAUGAAGUUGCAAACUCUCCUGAAAGAGUCCCUCUCCCACCACCUAUUGGAAGUUCUGGUGCAGCUUCCUCUGGCCCAAAAGCUUUUGGAUCAACCGGUUACCGGCACAGUGCGUAUAAAGCGAUACCAACUACAGCGCCUACUGCGAGCGCUUCAUGGGAAGCCCAGGUUUGUCCUGUCUGCCUUUCGAAUCCCAGAGACAUGGCCUUUGGCUGUGGGCACCAGACGUGCUGUGACUGUGGACCAAAACUUACGUCCUGCCCCAUCUGUCGCAGCUCAAUUCAAACCAGAAUAAAGCUCUAUUGAUGUCACUGCAAUGAUGCAUGGAGAGGAUUUACUGUUUUAAUUUAAACACGACUUUGUUCUGGAAAAUCAUAGUUAUCAAUCCAUCCAGUGGAUUAUCUAGAUUUCUCGAUCAGUCUAGUGUGUUGACAGCUUUGAUCAUGCUCCGCAAUGUCUUUGCUUUUUAAAAGAAAACUGCAAGCCUUUCGUUACCUAUGUUUGUUCUUGCUGUCUUG